UCGAUUAAAGUAUUCGGCCUGUACCUCAUUUCAGAGAGAGAUGGCGAGAAGGUAUAAACAAUUGGAUGGGAAAAGAAAGGCUCAAAAAGACAUCAGGAAAGAGUGUGCAUGUUUGCGCAUGUAACUUUACCCAUCACAACUUGCCACCACUUCUCGAUGCUUUCGAGUGAGUACUGGAAUUUAUUUCCACAAGGAACAAACAUAUUACGUACCGUUUUUGUAUCCGGAAUUAACAACUUUUUGUGGUUGGAUGCUUUGACUGAGGUCUGGAGAGCCAGUAGCUGCACCAGGCUCCAAUCUGAUCUGGCAAUGUUUCUACAGUUGGAUGCCCUUCCUAACGCCAACCUCUCCAAGAGUAUAGUGGGUGAUUUUUACAUGCCACCAGCACAAAAACAAGUCAGGCAGUCCUGGCAUCGAUCACGUUCGAGUAGUGCCCUUUACGUACCACCAGCACAGGAGCCAGUCAGCAGGUACUAGCAUCAGUCACGUUCAGAUGGAGCUUUUUAUAUGCCACCAGCAUGGGAGCCGGUCAGGCGGACCUGGCAUUGACAACAUUCAGAUGGUGCUUUUUACAUGCCGCCAGUCAGGGGGCACUGGCCACAGCUGCAAUUUUGGUUUUCUCAAGCAUAUCCUAUCACUGUCUCAGAACAUCAUUUGUCAAAUGAAUGUGUAUGCUAACAUUUUUUCCUCUGAAUCAAUGUCAAGUUCUGAAUAUGUUAUGGUCUUGCUUACCUUUUGGAAUAAAUUUCAUUCAAACUUGAGGGAGAAACAGUCCAAAUGUUUAAAUAAGAUAAAAUGGGGUGAACCCGUUUUAACUGGAAAGCAUGCUCUUUCUACUCUUGAUCGUAAACAGCGUAUUGGGAAGAAUAUUUUAGAUUCUGAGGAAAAUACUCUAUCUGGAGAUGAAGAAAUUAAGUCUCAAGAACAAGUUCCAUCUAAAAAAGAUGAUGUUUCUGUUGCAGUCACUCCGAUAAAUAUAAGUAUUUCAGAGGAACGUAGUAAAUGUUCAAGUCCUGAUUUAAUUAAAUCUGUAUUUAGACUUCCCGAAUUGAAAAUAAAGUUAUCAGAAACACAUAAUAAGGAGCUAUAUAUGAAUAUCACUGAUGACAAAUCAGAAUCUUUUGAAAUUAAAAGAAGUACGAGGCUGUCUGUGAAAAGAUUGUGUAAUAAGAAACAGGUUAACAAAGAGAAUGUCAACAGUGGUGUACGUCCUAAUUUACUACAGCGCAGGAGAUUAUUUAAAAACAAUGAGAGUGUAUCUGAAACAUCACCAACUUGUUGGACUGGUAUUAAAUGUUCCUUAUUAAAAGAUACACCAAAAACUGAACCUAUGCAUUCAAAGUUAAGUCAAGAGAUGUUGCCCCAUUUUUCUGAAAAUAUUAGUGAUAUUAAUUCUUCAAUGGAGAAGAUGGAGUUUAAGACAUCACUUCCUAUUCCUGGAAUACAGAAGUCACCAGUUAGGAAAAGUUUUGCUGAUAAGCCAUCAACAUUAUCACCUGUAGAAUUGGUAGAAUCUUCUAAACAUGAAUUACAAGAAAGUCAGAAAUUAAGCAAAUCUGUAAAAAAUCAUGUUUCAGAUGAAGUAAUUCCUUCAUCCUCGCCAACAUUUCCUUCAAAAACUCUUCCAAGUUACAAAGAUAAUUCAAGGAUGGCUCAAACUGCUAAAGAACAAACCAGUGAUAUAGAUUCAGGUUCUAAGAAAAGGAGGAAAAGGUCAAGAACAAAAUUUAGAAUUUCUCUUGAGGAACCUGAAAUAACAGAUAAAUGUGAUACAAAAAACAAUAAUGAAGUUCUACCUCGUGUGACUGAUGAAAACAACAAGGAUAAUGAAGUUUUAACAAACCUUCAAAAGAGAAAACGAAAUAUGCAAGAAAGAAGCAUAAAAAACAACAAAAAGCUGAAACUUCCCCAAAAGAAACCUACUGUCCAGUGUCCUCUGUGUUGUGAUUGGUUCAGACCAAAAGUGAUUGAGAAUCAUGCUGCAAAUUGUGGAAUGUUUACAAGGCGAGAACUUCGUACAACUUCAGUUUCUCAACUUUUCUCAGAUAACAAACCAAGUACUGACAUGUUAGGCUGUGAUGCAAAUAGCAAAUUAUCUGAAAUUAGUGAAAAUUCUGCUGCUAUCAUAUCAAAUCAUGAAAGAGUUGUAGAUAAUUUAACUCCAAAUGCAUUAGUCUCAGAUAUUAAGCAAUCAGAAAAUCUGCCAUUUGCUAACAAAAUAUUGAAUGAAAGUAGAAGUGAAAUAAAUACAUUUCCAGUGUCAGCUUUAGACAGAGAUCAACAGAGUCAGGGAAAUGGUAAUAGCUUGAAGAUAGUCCAACCUGUUUUGGAUCUUCCUUUCAAUUCUAUUAGCACUCACAAAACUAAACAGCCUGAUACACCCGACAGUGUUACUCCUGAAUUACUGGCAGAAGAUUUUACUCAAAUAUCUGCAAUUAACCCUUACAGUACAAAAGAUUCUGUUGAACAUUGGAAAACUAAUUCAGAAGUUAAAGACACAAACCUCACCAUGAAACAGAAACGUUGUUACAUUUGUGAUGCUACCUAUGGUGAUGAUAGUCUUUUUACAAUGCAUCUGAAGAGUUGUCGGGAAAAAUACAAAAAACUAAAAGAAAAGUUUGAAAAUAAAUACAAUAAUAAAGAAACUCAUCGAAUAACUCGUAAACGGUCAAAUGGAAAGUAUGAAGAUGACAAAUGAUCAAGAAAGAAAAGAUGUGAAAAGUUUUGUAAGAAAAUGAAAGUGCCUUCAUUUGAUAACAGAUUGUUGAAAAGACUUAUUUGUUAAAUUUCAUGUUCAUGAUUUAGUUAGCAUAAAAAUGAGUAAUACUGGCUAACAUCUAGUGGAGAAAUUUGAAAUUUUUCUUUGUCUCGGAGAGUGAAGGCAUGAGAUCUUGCCACAAAAUUCUGUGAUUAUUCAUUGUUUAGUUUCACCAAAAGGGACCACUUGUUAUUGAUUUCAAUUACUUUCAUUAUUUUAUAUUUUGUGCUGAUUAAAAUAUUUUUUCUGCUUUC